AUGGCGGAAUAUACAAAACCUCCUCUUGAUAAAGAUUUAGUAAACUUUUCGCAAAAAAAUGAUUACGAUUCACUCGCAAAGUAUCUCAUUGGAAACAUUUAUAGAUAUCGUGAAAAUAUAAUAAUUCCAAGAGUGUUAGGUCCUGUUAUUAUUAAAACAAAUGAAGAGAAAAUGAUUGAAUCCACAAUCGAAAGUUGCCCCUUUAAAUCAUUGACCAGUUGCAUUAUAGGAUAUGGUCUUGGUCUUGCUGUUGGUUUGUUCACAUCCUCUCUUAUGCCAAAUAUGACUGAUCCAAUGGCGCAACAGAACCAGACUGCGAGAGAAAUUCUAAGAGAAAUGAAAACAUCAAUGUUAAGUUAUGCUAAGAAUUUUGCAAUACUCGGAGCAGUUUUCUCUGGAGUAGAAUGUUGUAUCGAGUCAGCUAGAGGAAAGUCUGAUUGGAAAAACGGAACAUAUGCAGGUGGCGUUACAGGAGGUCUCAUUGGGUUACGGGGUGGAUUAAGGGCUGGAGUGUUUGGUGCAGCUGGAUUUGCAGCAUUUUCAACUGUAAUUGAUUACUAUAUGCAUCAACGUUGA